AUGCUAGGCUUGGAGUUUCCAUCUGGGAGCUGGUGGCGGGCUAUCGUUUUCAUCCGCGACGCAGCAGUGCGAGGCGAGAAGAAGCUGGCGGUAGGCUUUGACCUCAGUACGGAAGCUAGGCGCAAUGAGGCGGAGCAGCGCUUGCGCACCUACGCCACCAACGCAAUGCCGAAGCUCAUAGCUGCGGCGAAAGCUGGCAUACCCCUCACCAUUCCGGCUUCCUGA